AUGUCGCUGCUCUACUACAUUGCAUCGGGUGCAAGCACCUACAUUGCCUUCACCGCGUCUCUCUUCCUUGUCGGGCAGAAGGUUCCACGCGCUUCGUUCGUAGCGCGCUGCCUGGCGUCAUAUGGCUCUCUACUCGUUUGCGCGAUGUACGGAGUGGUGGCCUCGAUCGUCCUCCGCGUGGUGGGGUACGGCCGCAUCUCCCAAUGGGCCACCGCCCGCAGUUUCAAAUGGGUGAUGAGGUUCACGACCGGCGUGCGCUUUGAUAUCGUCGAGGGUAAAGAGUACCUCUCUACGCGCCCCGCCGUCAUCAUCGGCAAUCACCAAUCCGAACUCGAUGUUCUCAUGCUCGGCGAGAUCUUCCCGCCUUACUGCAGUGUCACGGCGAAGAAGUCACUCCGUUAUGUUCCUUUCCUUGGGUGGUUCAUGGCGCUCUCCCGGACCGUGUUCAUUGACCGUGCCAACCGGCAAACGGCCGUGAAGGCAUUUGAUAGCGCAGCGGAGGAGAUGCGCAGUCACCGACAGAGUGUGUUUAUUUUCGCCGAGGGUACGAGGAGUUACUCGGAGAAGCCCGAACUCCUACCCUUCAAGAAGGGUGCUUUCCACUUGGCUGUCAAAGCGGGUGUGCCUAUUGUUCCUGUUGUCGUGGAGAACUACUCGCAUAUCCUGGCGCCGAAAAAAUUCAGGUUUGAAGCUGGAUCUAUCAAGGUUAAAGUUCUUCCCCCUAUCAGCACCGACGGCUUAACCGCGGCUGAUGUCGAUGGACUCACGACAUCGACCAGGGAAUCGAUGCUCAACACCCUCCUGGAGCUCUCUAAUGCCGGACCCGCCGACCUUCCCUCGUCAUCCAAGGGACAAUCAACUGCUGUUGAUCUCUGA